AUGUUGGGUCUCCCCAGUUUCACCCAAUCCUGGGUCCAAAAACCCAUACUGUUACUAUCUGCAGUGAGAUACCUGUCCCAUUUGGGCCGUUUGGCAGCCUUUGAAGGUUCUGUCAAGUCUUACAAAAGAUUGGGAAGAGGUCCAGCUUCUGGAAAAGGUAAAACUUCUGGACGAGGUCAGAAGGGUCAGAAAGCAAGAGGAAAAGUGCCUCACUGGCUUGAGGGUGGACAAACGCCGUUCUACAAGCGUUUUCCUAUCAUUGGGUUCAAAAGGCCUCACCGUAAAGAGUUUCACGAUGUGAACUUGGAUAGAAUCCAGGAUUUCUGGAACAAUGGACGAAUUCCUUUGAAGGAGGGCGAAACUCUUACCAUCAGAGUCAUGAGAGAGUGUGGACUUCUCACGGGAACGUUAAAGGAUGGCGUGAAGUUGUUGGGUAACGGUAGUGAAACUUACAAUGUUCCUUUGAACAUCGAGGCAUCCAAGGCCACUGCUAGCGUGAUGAACACCAUCGAAAACUUGGGCUACACUUACACUAGUGUGUAUCACACUAGCUUGGGCUUGCAGGCACACAUUAAUCCAGACCUGUUUCUUUUGAGAAAGGGAUACGUGCCAUUGCAGGCCCGUCCUACUCAUAAGAGAGAUAUCGCCUACUACUCGAGUGCUGAGAAGCGUGGUUACUUGUUGAAGGACCGUGCUUUGUUGUUAGACCACGUGGGCUCAAGCAAAACUCAGAAGAAGGCCGACAAGAAGAGUGAGUUGAAGAAGCUGUUGGAGAAUGCAUCUUCCAAGAGACACGCUUACGAGAGCAAGGUGGUGGACCUUGCAAGUCUUUAG